GCAGUGUGCAAAUCUGCACGUUUCGCUUGUUUGUUUUUCCUAAAAACUCAAAAAUGACGAAGGUAGCCGAUAAUCUCAAUCCUCACGUAUACGAGAAAGGCUCAGAGCGUCAGAUAACGUCCACAGACCACGACGAGGAAGUCGUUGACGAGAUAGACGAGCGCGAAAUCUUCGACAUCAUACGAAACAUCAACGACCCUGAACAUCCGUUGACUCUGGAAGACCUGAGGGUGUUAGAGGAGAGGAAUAUUACUGUGAAUAAUAAGGAGAACACUGUGCAUGUUAAUUUCACGCCCACGAUACCGCACUGCAGUAUGGCUACACUCAUAGGUCUAUCAAUCCGAGUCCAGCUUCUCCGAGCACUCCCAAGCCGGUUCAAAGUGACAGUAACCGUCACGGAAGGUACACAUGCAUCCGAACAUGCAGUGAACAAGCAGUUAGCAGACAAGGAGCGCGUCGCUGCUGCGCUGGAGAACAAUAAUCUGGUGCAGAUCAUUAAUCAGUGUGUAUCACCUUUGUCAUUAUAGAUUUGAGAUUACAAGUCUACCAUUUUUUCCAAAAAUGGUUGGCAGAGAAUUAUUAUAGUCAGCCGCAGACUGGUUUAAUGGCUUGCCUGCAUGAAGAUGAUUUGUAUUAUAUGUUAUAGGUUAAAUGUUAUA